AUGCUGCCGUGGAUUCUGAUUUCCGUGGCGCUACUCCAGACGAUUUUCGCGCAACAGGUGCCGAUUGUGGCGCCGUGCCUGGUCCCGCCGUGCCCACUGCCAUUCCCACCCGGAGCCCUGGGUGCCGCACCAUUCCCCCCGCCACUCGGCCUCUUCCCCCCACCACCCGGCUUCUUCCCACGGCCGCCGCCCUGCUUCGGUGGCUCGUGCUUCCCACCACCACCUCCGCCUUGUCUCUUCCCACCAUGCGGAGGACCGGUGUUCGUCCCUCCCCCGCCAUGUCUCCAACCACCCUGCCUGCCCCCACCACCAUGCUUCCAGCCCCCUUGCCUCCCACCACCACCUCAGGUUAGGAGACAUCUUCUUCGCCCCGCCACCCCACCAAUCUGCCUCCAACCACCAUGCGGACCACCCCCGCUCCGCAUCGCCUUCGCCCCGCCGCCACCACUCGCCCUCUUGCCCCCACCGGUCUUCCUCCAAAACGCGCCGUGCUGCGGGCCUAGCUUCCCCACUUGCUGCGGAUUCCGGCGAUUCGCCCGCAAGAGCGACGACGCCACCUCGACCACCACCACCACUACCGUAGCCCCCAAAUCCAUCGAGAAGCGCGCCGAGACCCCGGAUAACGCCUCGGUCACGUCGACCACCACCGCUGCAUCCAGAUUC